AUGGACUGGAGUUUCCAAAUCUGCCUUUUAGUGAUUUGUGUAUUUCAGUCACUGCUGGCUUUUAACAUCGAUCCAACUCCAUGGAAGGACUUCACACUAAAUACGGACACAGCCUUUGGAUACAAAGUGAUACAGAAAAACGCAUCUAGGUUGAUUGUGAGCGACCCCUUAAUACAAAAUCAGAACCAAAGAGGCCAAGUGUACAGCUGCAACAUCAUGGACAACAGCUGCUCGCCUCUUCCAAUUAAUGUGCCUGAUGUGGCCAUCAAUAUGUCUCUUGGUCUUUCAAUGACUCAAAGUCAGUGGUCUCCAACGAUAGCAGUCUGUGGCCCAACCAUUCCCAAGGACUGUUCUCACCUGACCACCUACAAUGGCAUGUGUUUCACCAUCGACUCAAACAAUGCUCCGUCAGGACCGAUACCGGGUAAACUGCGAGAUUGUCCACCCCCACCCUACGUAGAUCUUGCUUUUUUGUUGGAUGGAUCUGGAAGCAUAUCUCCAAGUGAUUUCAUUACAAUGAAACAUUUUGUUGUGACCCUGAUCGAAGGAUUACAAGACAGGGAUUUUCGGGUAUGUGUGUAUGUCAAUGAACUAUUUGCCAGCCAGGCCAGAUCAUAUACUAACAAAGUCUUGCUGGUGAUCACUGACGGUCAGUCAUCAUGGGGCGAUGACAAUCUGGGACUCGCUGCAGAGAAUGCUCAGAGAAAUAACAUCACUUGCUAUGCUAUAGGGGUUGGCUCUGCCUUUAAUACCCCCUCAGCAGUGCAAGAGUUGAAAACGAUCGCAUCUGAUCCGGAUGAGAAAUACGUAUUUAAGGUGGACGGGUUUGCCGUGCUAAAUCAAAUUCGGAAAACUCUGGAGACUAACAUUAUCACAAUCGAGGGAACACAGACUGGAGAUUCCUCCAAGAUGGAAUUUGCACAGGAUGGUUUCAAUACAGCCUUUGCUCCAAAUGGUAGCAUAAUAAUGAGUGCAGUAGGAGCUUACCAGUGGAAAGGUGGAUACCAGUACAUGAAUGACUUUAAAAUGGGGAGCAGCAGUGACAGUUACUUUGGUUAUUCUAUGACGGUAGCAAGAACAACACUUGGUACGUAUGUUAUUCAGGGAGCUCCGAGAGCAGAACACAAGGGAAAAGUUCUAUUGUCUUCACUGCAGACGGGUAGUAACUAUUCGAUGGACUCCCCAGAGCCUCAGAUCGGUUCGUACUACGGAGCCGAAGUGUGCACGGUGGACCUAAACUCAGACGGCAAUGCUGACCUUCUACUAGUUUCAGCUCCGCUGUAUCACGAGGCCGAUCAGGAAGGAAAAGUCUUCGUCUAUACAUUUCUGCACUGGUCUCUACAAGUAGAGCACAAGCAGACACUGAGGGGAAUGCCAGGCCAGAGAGGAAGGUUUGGUUUGACGCUGGCAAGCCCUGCAGAUCUCAACGGGGAUCGUCUUGCAGAUGUAGUGGUCGGAGCACCUCUGGAGGAGAAUGGCCAGGGCAGCAUAUAUAUCUUUUCAGGAAGAGGAGAAGACAUCAGUCCUACCUACUCACAGAGAAUCAGUGGUUCGUCCGUGCGCCCCGGGCUGCUCUUCUUCGGGCUUUCUCUAGGUCAGUUUGCCCUGGACCACAGUGGAGACAACUUGACGGAACUUGCUGUCGGCUCCAAGGGCGCAGUCAUAAUUUUAAGGUCCAGACCCAUCGUGUCCUUGGUCACCCAAGUAACCUACAAGCCGUCCAAAAUCCCCAUCAAUGAUACCGACUGCACAACUCCUUUGAACAUCACGCUGAAUUUGUGCUUUAUUUUGAGUGGAAAUUACAGUGUUACAAACGACUUAGCCGCUGACAUUAACUACACGUUAAAACUCGAUGCCAAACGACAGAGCUACCGGGCUUUCUUCUCUCCUAAAGAGCGUGUUCAGUCUGCCAUGAUGAAAGUAACGCUGAUUAAGAAAUGUACAGACCAUGUGUUCUUUGUUGAGGACUGCCCCAAGGAUGCUUUAAAUCCAGUGAUCAAUGAGUUAGCUUUUACAUUUGAAGGACUCCCUAAUAGUCAGAUGAACAACCUAACACCAGUACUUCAUCCCUCUAUAAAAAACACAUCCGACUACAAUCUGGAUUUCGAAAUCAACUGUGGAUCUGAUAUGAUCUGCGUUGACAAUCUCAAAGUGGAUUUAAAUUUCAAUGUAUCUUCAGAUAUAAUAGUUGGAUUGAUGCAGGAAAUGAACGUGACUGUUAUUGUGGAGAACAGAGAGGAAAAUUCCUACAACAGUCACAUAAUCCUUGAAUACCCGUUUGGACUCUCCUUUAGGAGGUUUAGCAGUAGAAAGGGUAAACUGGAGUGUAAGUCUGUGGACAGCGAAGAAAGAGCUGUACUGGGCCAGACCACCUGUUAUAUCAAUAAACCCAUCUUUAAAAGCAAUGAUAAGGCAGUCUUUGACGUAACUUACAGCAUUAAGAAAGACAGCAACUUUGACAGGAUGUUGAUGUUCAGUGCACGUGCCUACAGUGACAAUGACCAACAUUCGAAUUCUAGUGAAAAGUCCGUAAACAAAUCCAUUAGUGUCAAAUAUGGCAUCUAUGUUGCACUAAUAAGGCAUGACAACUCCAGCGUCCACAUUAACUUCACUGCAGGCAAGAAUGACCUUCAAAAGCCAAUCCAGCAAAUUUUAAAGGUAGAGAAUGACAUCAGGGAUUUGAACUUUACUAUUUUUAUCAGAGUUCCCAUAAAACUAGGAGAUAAAGACAUCUGGGCCAAUAAAAAUAUGCAGAUUCAAGGUUGCUUUGGGGAGAAAGAUGAGAAACCCACCAACAGUGAUUUUGUGGCAGCACUGAAAAAACAACCUGAAGUGAAUUGCUCUGUGGCCGAGUGUAGAGUGUUCAGAUGUGACGCUAUUUUUAUGAGGAGGGAGACAAAAUUCUACAGCAUCUCCGGUAACGUCAGCUCUGGAUGGAUCGAACAGACGGGACUCCGAACGAUGAUUUUCGAACUCGUCAGUACUGCAACUCUGGAGUAUAACAAAACGAAAUACGUCUACAUUUCCUCUGACUCUCUGUACACUUCACCCACUAGGAAGAUUAUUACCCAGGUGGAGGUGUAUGAGGAAGAAUUCCCACUUAAGGAGACGAUUGGAGGAGCCGUAGGAGGGCUGGUGAUUUUGGCUCUCAUCACUGCUUGCCUCUAUAAGGCUGGGUUCUUCAAAAGCAACUAUAAGAAAAUGUUAGAGGAAGCUAAUGCUAAUAAAGCUGGAGGAGGGCCUGGAGCUGGAGGAGGGCCUGGAGGAAAUCCAGCCACUCAUCAGUGA